AUAAAAGCUCAAGAUUUCUAUUUUUCUUAUUAUUCUGUGAUUCUUAAAUUGUUUUGGUGAUUGCAAUUUGCAUCUAGUCUGAGUCUUCGCAUAAUAAUUAUUAUCAUCUAAUAUCUAAAUAAUUUGUAUCUGUGUAAAUGUAUGAUUCAUGUUGAUAAGCUGAUAAGAAACGCCACUGGGGAUCUUUAUUUAUAUUUAUCUAUGGUACCUAUAUAAUAUUUUAAUUUUCGCUUAUAAAUAACUAUUAUUAUUCUUUACAAAAAAACAUUUUAUUGCCAAUCGCCCUAAAUCUUUCGACCGUGUCGUCACCAGCAGCACAUUGCACCCGCCAAGUGCAUACCACAAUUCUGUAGAAAUAAUUCUGUCUUGAGAAAACCAUCGACGGAGUGUACAAUGUGGAAAGCAUCUGCUGGUCAUAAUGUUGAAGUAACGGCGGACAACGCUGACGACGACUGGGAAACCGAUCCGGACUUUGUGAACGACGUCAGCGAAGAAGAACAGAGAUGGGGUUCUCGUACAGUGCCGGGUUCUGGUCGCGUUUUGGAUCAUGUUGAUAUGAGUCAACUGCGAGAAGAAGUGACCAAAGCUCAUGAAAUUCAAAAGAAAAAAGAAAUGGAACAAGGGCCAAAAGCAGCAUUUGGAUAUGGCGGCAAAUUUGGUGUUCAAACAGACAGGAUGGAUAAAUCAGCUGUAGGACACGAUUAUAUUGCUCCCAAACAUAAACACGUAUCACAAACUGAUUAUAGUACUGGAUUUGGUGGUAAAUUUGGCGUUCAAUCAGAUCGAAUAGAUAAGAGCGCAGCCGGUUGGGAUCAUAAAGAAAAAUUAGAAAAACAUGCGUCCCAAAAAGAUUACAGCUCUGGUUUUGGUGGAAAAUUUGGCGUGCAAGCUGAUCGACAAGAUAAAUCGGCUGUUGGUUGGGACUAUGUAGAAAAACUAGAGAAACACGAAUCUCAGAAAGAUUAUGCUGUUGGCUUUGGUGGUAAAUUUGGCGUGCAAUCUGACCGUCAAGAUAAGUCCGCUGUCGGAUGGGACAAUGUGGAGGUCGUGGAAAAACAUCAGAGUCAAAUCGAUCACAGCAAAGGAUUUGGUGGAAAGUUUGGCGUACAAAAUGACAGAAUAGAUAAGUCGGCUCAUAAUUAUACCGAAAGCUCAGGUUCUGUGGGAACCAACUACCAAAAAGUGAAACCAGAAAUAACAAGCGUUAAACCGUCAAGUUUGAGAGCGAAAUUUGAAAAUAUGGCAAAACAAGAAGAAGAAGAAAAUGAAAAAAGGCGUUUGGCUGAACAAGAAAGAAGAAAACAACGAGAAGUGCUAGAAAAACAAGAAGCUCGCGAAAGAGAAGAUAAAAGAUUAAAAGAACUACAAGAAGAAGACGAUAAGCGACAAAAGCUUUUAGAAGGCCCAGCUCAAGAAAAACGUACAGUUAAGGAAGUCGAAUAUGAAGAGGAAACUCCAAUAUCAUCCGAGCCAGUUCUUCCUCCUGUAGUUGUGAGUGCAACUAUUCAGUCAUCCAUUAGGAAUGACGAAGAAGCAAUAAAACGAAUCGCUACCGAAGAAGAGCAACGAAAGCUAAAAGAAGAAGCAGCACGAGUCGAAAAAGAAAUCGAGGACCUGAAAAAAGUCGAAGAAAUAAAUAAGGAAAAUGAAAGAAAAAAAAGAGCAGAAGCUGAGAGUGAAGAACUGAAAAGAAAAGAAAUGCAAAAGAAAGCCGAUAACGAAAGAGUUCAACUAGAAGAACAAAAGAAAGCUGAAGAGAGCAAAAAAAAAGAAUUGGAGAGGUUAGCUGAACAAAAACGACUCGAUGAAGAAAGACAACUGGUAGAACAAAAACGACUAGAAGAAGAAAGACAACAAUUGGAAAAGCAAAAACGACUAGAAGAAGAAAGACUAAAAUUGGAAGAGCAAAAACGACUAGAAGAAGAAAGACUAAAAUUGGAAGAGCAAAAACGACUAGAAGAAGAAAGACAAUUGGAAGAACAAAAACUUCACGAACAGUUAAAGAAUGGUGGAGUUUCUGAAGAAGAGUCGGACGCAGGGUACUCGGCCAUAGCGUUGUACGAUUAUCAAGCAUCGGCUGAUGAUGAAAUAAGCUUUGACCCAGACGACAUUGUUACAAACAUUGAAAUGAUCGACGAAGGUUGGUGGCGAGGACUAUGCAAAGGCCAGUAUGGACUAUUUCCCGCCAACUAUGUCGAGCUCCUGCAAUAAAGUGUAUAACCAGUUACCAAUAGACACAACAUUUUGUAGAAAAGCCAAUAUUAUUGUUAACAAGUUAUUGUUAAAUUUAAGUGAUUGCCAUUAUUUUGAACAUCGAUUAUUUAUUUAAUAAUUAUUUUACAGUAGCUGAAUGAAUUUUACUUGAUUAACCAGAACGGUAUUACGUUACUUAAAUUUUAAUUAAUUAUUUACUAAAAUUCCAUCAUCAUACCUAUAAUAGGUAAAACCAUAAAGAAUGAACUUCUUUCUACAAAAAAAUAAAACUAUAGUUUUCGCAUUUGAAAAUAUGUUUACUUUAAAUCAAAUACGCUUUAAAAUAGUAAAA